AUGUCUGGAAGAACGCGUUUCUCCACGAUGACAUCGUCCCCUUCCAUAGAAUCUAAAAAAAUUUCUUCUCACACAGAUUCUGCUGCAAAUAAUCAAUCAUUUUCGGCCCCUCCCACUAAUCAUCAAAGAUAUAAGGAUCUUUUAAUAUUUGAAGAAAGAUUAAAACAAAACUUGAAUCAACUGCGAAAACGGAGUCACAAAUAUGAAGCGUUUUUAGGUUUCAUUUGUUUGUCUCUUCCAAUGCUUUUAUAUGCUGUCUUUAUACACAAAAAUGAGAAUCCCACCUUUCAGUUUUUCAGUAAACUAUUGCUUUUCAUUGCAGUUAUUACAUUGGCCAUGUUUUUCAUGAAAAACAUAUAUGCGGAGAAAGUUAGAGUAGCUUCAAAAUUUGUUCCACAGUGUAAUCGUGUUUUACGACAGUUUAACAUGCAUUUCAAUGUCAAUGGAGGUGAGAUAGUUUUUUACAAAAAAGUUCCAAAAAAAUUUCAGGAAGGUUUUGAAAAAUAUCGUAAGAUGUAUUAUACAAAGAAAAAUCAGAGGGCGAAAGAAAAAGAAGAAAAAGAAACGUGA